UUAUACAAUAUAAAUAUAAUAACAUUAAAAACUAAAUUUUAACUAGAAUAAAAUGGGAUAAGUUUGCUAAAAAUUAUGUAGUACCGAAAAGUGUAGUGAUCUUAAAGAUUUAUAUGCUUAAAAAAAAAAUCUAGAAAUAAGUUCCCCCUUAUUAAAUUCAUCUCCAUUUAUAAAUUCUCCAACAACAAAAUAAAUAAGUAUAAAUGAUUUUGAAAAACUUGACUAAUUAGGAGAUGGUGCAUUUGGUGAUGUUAUUUUAGUAAAAAAAAAAGCAACAAUAAAAUAUACGCAAUGAAAAUCGUAAAAAAAGAUAAAAUAAUAGCCCGUAAUUUUAUGGGAAAAAUGAAUUGUGAAAAAAAAGUACUUUUAGAAAACAAAAGUCCUUUUUUAGUAAGUUUAAGAUACGCCUUUUAAUCAUAAAAUAAGCUUUAUUUAGUUAUGGAAUAUUGUUCAGGAGGUGACCUUUAUUUUUAUUUGAAAAAAUAUACUCGUUUUUCUAUCUAAACUGCAAAAUUUAUUGGCGCAGAAGUACUUCUAGGUUUAUAUUAUUUACACCAUGAUAUGAAGAUUGUAUAUAGAGAUUUAAAACCUGAAAAUAUUCUAUUAACAUCUAAUGGACAUAUAAAAAUUUCUGAUUUUGGACUAGGAAAACAACUUAAAAAUGAAGAUGAUUUAACUUAUACUUUUAUAGGGACUUAAGAGUAUAUAGCACCAGAAAUGAUUCUUAAUUAAAUUAAUUAAAAUGAACAUGGAUAUACUCAGAAAUGCGAUAUAUGGGCUUUUGGGAUUUUCUUAUAUGAAUUAAUACAUGGUAGACCUCCUUUUAUACAUCCGAUGAGAAAUUGUAAAAAUAAAUAUCAUAAUAUUUUUAAAGUUAAAAUAAUUCUUGAACUUAAAGUAAGAUGA